GUAAGUCCAAAUAAAAUGGGAAGAUUGUAAAAGGAAAACCUAAGAACAGACUAAGGAAGACAUAACGACAGAAAACUCAAAGCAGGAAGCCUUUAAAAUAAAAAAUAAUGCACAUGAAAAAACAAACAGAAAUCAGUGGAAGAAACUGAUGGAUUUAUGACAGAAAAGUCACAUGUUAACCAUCAACAAACAGAAGAAAAGAAGCUUCUAGGUAGAAAUGUUUCCCAAUAUGUCCACCUGAAAGGGACCCAACCUGAGACUAGCAGGGUGUACCUAAUAAAGUGUUUCUCCUGUAAGGAGGUUCUAUAAAAGAACCAACCAUUCAGUGCCAGUGGAUAAGAAGGUUCGGUUCUGUGUUUUUAUGACUUGGGUCCAGCGGCACUGCUCUUUUAAAACCUAGAACUUUGUUAGAUUCUGGUGGUAUUUCUCAUCCCAGCUGUCUAUGGGCAGCGCAGUGGGUCAUAUUUAGGUGCAUCAACUGCUGUAGGCUUCUUGCUUUGCUUUAGUUUCACUUAUGCUUGAAUAGUUUCUCCUGCUGGAGUCCAGUGGGAGGAGGUGCUGCUUGCAUGGCUGGCUGGCAGAUGCUGAGGAGUACCGACGUUACUUCCUGCGGCAGAGGGAGAGGCAGACUCGGCUCGGCGCUGGAAGAAGCCCCCCUCACGGAUUAGCUCUUCGGCUAACGGUCAGGACAGCAGCCAUGAAAAGCCGCUGGAGCCAGUGAAAGUUAGGCGCCUCUUACUUCUGGACGUUAAUGUUCAUAGAAAACCCAAAAGGAGGUUCUGUUACCAUGCCGUCGCCCAAAGAGGAAACUUUUCCCUAGAUUUUCUUCUUUUUUGAGCGGAAAGGGCUAGCUCAGGUGCUACUAGCAAGGCUACAAACUAUUUCUAAUUGCCUUUCGGCUCCAAUGGCUCUCGCUUGUUUUUCCCUGUCAUAGCGACGGCUGGGCGGACUGGGAGAGGUCCUGGAAGACGGACUGGGAGCUUCAUGACAAGCCAAAGCCUGGUGUUGAAGCACAACCUCGGAAGACUUGGCUGGCGGAGGAGCGAAAAUGAAGAAGCAGUUCAAUCGGAUGAAGCAGCUCGCUAACCAAACGGUUGGCAGAGCAGAGAAGACAGAAGUCCUCAGUGAUGAUCUCCUGCAGAUUGAGCGCCGCAUGGAGUUGGUGCGUGUCGUCUCCCACAACACGCACAAAAAGAUGGUGUCGUGUCUGCAGGGACACAUCGGUGCAGAAGCCGAGAAGAGACACUCUGUACCACGCCUCUAUACAGGAAACGGUCAGAAAAAGCUUCCUCUCACCGCUCUGUCCCAGGCAAUGAUGGAAGGAGGAAACCAGCUGGGAGAAGAGUCUUUGAUAGGGAAGAUGAUGGAGGUGUGUGGAGAGGCGGAGAAUCGUCUGGCAACGGAGCUGAUGCAACAUGAGCUGCAGAUGGAGAAGGAGGUUCUCGACCCACUCAGCCAGCUUGCAGAGGUAGAAAUUCCCAACAUCCUAAAGCAAAGGAAGCAGCUGUCCAAGUUGGUGCUGGACUACGAUUCUGCCAGAGCGAGGUGGUUGCAGGCAACCAAGUCAAUAAUCUCAGGAACAAACACUCAAGCACUGACGGCCAAGGCUGACCUGCUCAAGGAGGAGGUGGAUGAGGCCAUGAACAAAGUAGAACUUUGCAAGGACCAGCUUGCUGCAGACAUGUACAGUUUUUUCUCUAAAGAAGGCGAUUAUGCCCACUACUUUGUAACGCUCUUAGAGGCUCAGGCUGAUUACCACAGAAAGUCUCUCACUGUUUUGGAGAGUGUUCUGCCCACCAUCCAGGCUCAGCAAGACUCUUGGAUGGAAAAACCUGCAUUUGGAACAGGGUUGGAUGAUCACCUGAAGAGGAGUGGAAGAGAGAUCGCUCUGCCCAUAGAGGCCUGCGUCAUGAUGCUUCUGGAGACCGGCAUGAAGGAAGAGGGUCUAUUCAGGAUCGCAGCUGGGGCCUCCAAGCUAAAGAAGCUAAAGGCAGCACUGGACUGUUCCACUUCACAGCUGGAAGAGUUCUACUCCGACCCCCACGCUGUCGCUGGAGCUCUGAAGUCUUACCUGCGGGAACUCCCUGAACCUCUGAUGACCUAUCAGCUUUAUGAUGAAUGGAUCCAGGCCUCCAGUGUGUCAGACCCAGACAAACGGCUGCAGGCUCUUUGGGUUGUUUGUGAUCAGCUACCAAAGAACAACAAGAACAACUUAAGGUAUCUGGUUAAGUUUUUAGACAAACUAGCUCAGGACAGUGAGGUGAACAAAAUGACACCGAGCAAUAUUUCCAUCGUCCUGGGACCCAACCUGCUGUGGGCCAAGACUGAGGGGAGCCUGGCUGAGAUGGCUGCAGCUACUUCUGUGCACGUGGUGGCCAUUAUCGAACCCAUCAUCCAGCAUGCUGACUGGUUCUUUCCUGAGGAUGUGGAGUUUAAUGUUUCUGGCAUGUUUGUGAUGCCAACACCUGCAUCCAACCACAAUCACCCAGAUUAUGACUGCAGCACCAUAGAGAGGAAGAGGCCCGGCAGUAUGGUGGGACCAGAGAACGAUGCAGCACGCAAAGACAACACCUCUAACAAGCACUCGGACCACACCCUUCGUAGAGGCAGUAAUACCCUAGGUAGAAAGCAGCACACCUCACCUGCCUUCCAGCCUCCUUUACCCCCUGUGGAGGCUCAGGUGCCGGGACACGGGGCCACCCAGGCCCCUCAGUCCUUGGCUGAAGCCCAGCCACAACCUUCAGCAGGGGGUUCAGGGCAGGACGCUACCCAGUAUAGCUUGGUUCAGGGUCUGGCUGCUCUCGCUGCUGCUCAGCAGCUUCUAGCCCAGCAUACAGAGGAACUCAGCAACCCAAAGCUGCGGGAUUCGGCACCAGCGCCCACGCCGGUGCCUCAGAGGAAUGGUUCUGGAGGAGGUGGGUCAUCUGGAACGUCUGGGACCGGAUCCAUGGGGCCUAGUCCACACAUGAUGCGACGAGGUACCAAGAAGCAGGCUCCUGCACCUCCCAAACCAUCCAACCCUCCACCCGGCCAGCCUCUUACCUCUGUCAACUACCCCUCAUCUUCUGGGUCAUCCCAGUCUCUCAGCCCCACUUCUAGACCCCUGUCCAUCCACUCUCCCACCUCACCCGCCUCUCCCACCCAGCAGCCGUGCGCCACGCCCAGGCGCCACUCCAACAACCAACCUCCAAUCCACGCUCCCAACCAUCCACCCCCAGAGCCUCCGACACAUCCCAGCCCUCUGGCCACCCAGCCCUGUGGAGACCAGCACUGCAUGGAGCCCUCACCUCCAGGCACCCCGACCCCUCCAGACACCCCUCCCCCUCCCACUGCUGCCACCACGAGCCAGGAUGCCGGCGCUCCUCCGUCCCAGUCUCCCUACCAGUCCGGUUCCCUUCCCCGACCGCGUCCCGUUCCCAAACCUCGGAACAGGCCCAGCAUCCCGCCGCCGCCGCAGCCCUCCGCCCUGAGCAGCGAGUCCAAUGGGCUCUGUGCCACUGCCUACAAGAUGAUUGACCCGGCGAUACCUUUAAAGGGACUUGGUCGGGCUUUGGUGCCUGAGCUUGCUGUAGACCAGCAGCCAAUGACAGCUGCCUCCUCCUCCUCUUCCUCUUGCCUGCUUCUUCACAAAGACUGCGACCUGGACACUGAGAGCACAGCUCUAUGAGGACAAGAAGAUGACCUAAAGGGUCCAGUACACCGGCUCUCAUCAUUUCCUGUUUCUCUACAGCUCAAAUCUGCGUCUGAUGAAGGAUGUGUCAUACUGCCCCCUUCUGGCUGCUGUCAUGUAGGACACCUGGAGAAGUGUCUUCAAGCCAAAGUUUCUGUUUGUAUAAAUCAGAAAAUGAUGACGUAGCAGCUUCUACCCAAUGAUAUAUGUCACAUCUCCAGGUUCAGGUAGACGUUUCCAGCUCCUACACACACACACAGUUUAUUGGCUCAUCCUUGUGAAUUAGCUCGAGACAAUCAAGUACCAGCAGCGUUGGGUUUGAACUGAUGGGUCUCCAUGUUUUCUAUAAAAGACAGCCUCAGAACAACAAGUUAAAGUUGUUUCUGCAGCUCAGAGCAGAAGAAGGUGUGAAGGUGUUUCUAGUGAACAAGGUGACUGCUGGUUUUCAGUCAUCAGUCUCCGUUCCCCCUCUAUGUUUGUAUUUAUUCAGUGGAUUGAGAACACACACACACACACACACACAUUCCCUGUUGCUUGACAUGAUGCAGUUCAGUGUAAAUCAUGCCUUAUGGGUUCUGACAGAACCACAAUGAACUGUAGCUCUUAGUGUUUCUCACAAUCUGCCUUGGUAUCACUUCAAGCUUCAGGGACAUGAGGACGGUGGUUUGAUCCCCUUCAGCAGAAGUCAUGUAAUCUUUUUGUAUUUUCAUGUGUUUUGGGUUUUCUCGGGUCAAUCGGCCUCCCAGCCUGAACGCAGCAGUCAGUAUUUUUGCCUUUCUGCUGCACGGUCUGCAUCAGAGUGAAUGUUCUUACCUGCCUCUUCAUCCUGAGCAGGAAGAUGCAGGAGCAGCUGAUUUUGCACAGAAUAAAUGAGAUGUUUCUGGAGAAACGGUGGUUGAUGUUCUCCUGUCUUCCCCUCUGAGCUGAGAGGACAUGCUGCACUGAAAUCUCGGUAAUGAUGCAGGGUUAGAUUCUGCCAGGUCACAUUUUUUUAAAGGUUGCUUUGCUGCAUUUGUUUGUGUGUGCAAGCCUUGUUCUGUUUGGGCUCAGACAGAAGGUAGAGUUCUGUUCUGUCAGAACUGAACCAUUAUGGUAAAUGAGGAGACGGUGUUGGAUGCUGCAGCUGCCUCCCUGUUUCCUCUCUUGUACCUCGCUGCCUUUUCCAGGCUUCGCUGUUGCUCUUCAAGACAAAUGAUGAUGAUGAUGUAGCAUUUCAAGCUCUACGUUUUUCUAUGUUUGCUGUCUGAGCUUAAAUAUGGAAGAAAUUCUGUAAUAUGAAAGCUUCCCAAAGAAAAUAAAGCAUAUGAAGAUAAAAA